AUGACGUCGCUUGCGGACACGAUGGCGACAACUUUCCUCCGUCUCUGCCUCCCACACCCCUCCUGUUUCGCGCCUUUGCUCUUUGCAGUCGGCCUCCUUGAGCUGCUGCGCGCCUUGUGCGGCAUUCGGCCAAAGCGCGUGCGGGGGACGCGGAAGACGCGGGAAGGUGGACGGAGAGAGGGCACCAGCCGGGUUCGGCGGCGGCAGGCAUCUCGCCUGCGACGAACGGACGGCGGAGAUCUGCGGAGGCAAGUCAAGGGGCGCCACGCGCGGACGGGCAGAGAUGAAUUCGACUCGUCAGAUGAUGAAUCGAACAGUGAUUGUGAAGAAGAGACGGAGGGAGGGGAAGAGGCGGAGGUGGAGGGGGAUACUGAACGAAGCAACACGGUUGCCGUGAAGAACAUGGGGGGCGGGGGGGAUGAGGGAAGUGAGGAGUCUGGGGAUAACAAGUCGGCACUAUCCCUGCCAUUGUCGCUGGCAGUGGCGGAAGCGGCGGAAGCAGCGGAUUUAUCAGAGGCAGCGGGCGCAGCACAGGCAGCACAAGUUGCCGGGCUGCAGCUCUCUCUCUCCGAGGCCCAGCAGCGUGUCAACUCGCUCGUACGCGAGGUGCAGAUGACACGCCACGUCAUCGAGAUGACACGGGCCGAGAAUGCUGCUGACGCGGGCGCUGACGUGGAUGCUGACCUGGCAGCCGUGGAGGAGAUGGUGGAGCGGCUGGCACGCGGCGUGCAGAUCCGAGAGGAGAUCCAGUCGAAGCUGGAUGUGGCCAAUCGGAGGAUUGCUGAGCUGGAGGCUGUGAAUGCUGAGCUGGACGCGGAAGCAACGCGGUGGCGCCACGUGGCGGAGAUGCUGAGUGCUGAGCUGGAAAGGGCGACGCACUCAAAAAGAAGGGAGGCGCCUGAAAUUUCCAUGGCUCCUCCAUUAUCUCCUACUAAGGAGGAAGAUGGAGCAACAGAAAAAGUGGUGGAGAAAGCAGAGGAGGAAGAUGGGGAGAGAGCGGAGGAGGGAGCAGUGAAAGCAAGGACACAAAAGGAGCGAGAAGAGACAGAAGCGCGCCGAUUGGUCGAGAGUGUCAACACACGCAUGGCGGCGAUGGGCCUGGAGCUUGACACGUGGCGGGAGACGACACGUCAGCUGCGUGCCAGCCUGGAAGUGGCGCAGAAGAGGAUUCAGGAGCUAGCGCAGGUGGGGAGGGAGGUGGCAUCCCUGCAGGUGCAGCUGGUGGCGGCGUAUGCGAGGAUUGCUGAGCUGGACCGGGCCGUUGCUGAGCUGGAAGCGGAGCGGCAUGCGCUGGAGGAUGACCUGGCGUGCGCACGUGGCGUGGUGGGGGCUGUGUCGGCGAAACUGGUGGGUGUGGUGCGGGAGAGGGAGGCGAUGAGGGGGCGACUGAUGGCCAUGAUUCAACAGUACGGGGGGGAAGAAGGAAGCAGGGGAGGAAAAGAAGGGGAGACGAAAGGGGAAAGGGACGAGGAGCCUGGGGUGAAACAGCAGCAGCGGGAGGAGGAGCAGCAGGAGGAGCAGGAAGAAGGUUGCACUUCCUAUGGCGAUGGGGAGCGAGGGGAUGAGGAGAGCGACGACAGCCAAGGCAUGGAAGAGGGCCUGGUGGGGGGUGAAGUGAUGGCGCGUGAUGAAUUGGCGGGCGAGGAAGUGAGAGAUGGUGGGGAGAGGAGUGAGAGUGCGUGUGGCAGGAGCUGCAGCAGCGGUGCGCUGGAUGAGGGUGAUGGGGAGAAGCGCGGAGGGGAAGGGGUUGUGGGGAGGGGUGUGGGGGAGCGGUCGCAGGUGCGGGCUGAUGAAGGGAGUGAGGAAGAAAGUGAGCGUCCGAGUGAGGGAGGGUGUGAGGAUGUGAAAAGGAGUGAAGGAGGGAAUGAUGAAGGGAGUGUGGAUGGGAGAGAUGAAGGGAGUGAAGAAGCGAGUGAGGAGGCAAGAGCUGCACAACAAAAGUUGGCAACUCUUGAGUCGUUUGAAGCUGUGGCAACCGAAGUGGGUAGGACCGAGCGGGGUGCGAGGGCGAUGGGGAGCGAGGAGAUGGCGAUAGAAGAGGGAGCGGUGGAGGAGGAGGGGGUGCAGGAGGGAGGGUUGGAAGGGACGGAAUUGGAGGAGGUAGAGGAGAAGGUAGAUGAAGAGGGUGGGACGGGAUAUGCAGACGGAGUGGUCGAGUGCGAUGGAAAGGAGAAAGGAGAAGGUGGCGAAUGGGGGAACGGGAAGACAGGCGAGGGGAAGGUAGAGGAAGGAAAUGCAGGGGAUGGGAGAAUGGGCGAUGGGAGAAUGGGUGAUGGGAGAAUGGGUGAUGAGGAGCGCAUGCCUGGCAUGGCUUGCACGCAUGGAACUCGAGAAGGGAGAGGAGAGGGAGGUGGAGGUAGUAGGACAGGUGGGAGAGGAGACCAAGUAUGGAUGCGAGGGAGGGGAUGGCGGGGAGGAGGAGGAGGGCGUGGGGAGGCAAGAGAGGGUUGCUCCGUGGGAGGAAGUGGGGCAGUGAGGAGGCAUGGUGCUGCUGGCUCUGGGAGGUGGGUGAAGGGUCGGGGGAGGGGUGAGAGGGGAGAGAGGAGUGAGAGAGGAAGUGGGAGAGGAAGGGGUAAAGGGUGGGGAUGGGGAUGGGGCAGGGGCAGGGGAGGGAAUGGGGAGUGGCAGCGAGGGGAGUGGUCUUCACGUGGGCUGACCCAGCCAUUGCCUCCCCUUCCUCCUCUUCUCGCUCUGCCUCCUUCGUCUCUUGGCUCCCAGUCUUCAAGUGCCGAUUCUCCCCUUCAAAGCAGCGGCAGCAGCGGAAGCAGCAACAGCAGCGGCAGGCAGAGCAGCAGGGGAAGCAGGAGAAGCACGGGCGCUGAAGGCUACUGGAACCGAGUUGGAAACGAGUGGCAUGCCAGCCUUGCUGCUUCAGGUGGUGGUGGCGGCGGUGGUGGUGGUGGCAGAGGGCGGGGGCAGGGUAGGAGGAGUGAGGACGGGGGAAGAUGGCGGCCAUUAUUGGAUGAAGAUGGUGACACUCCUGCUGGGAUGUCUGCGAGUGCUGGUGAAAGAGGAUGCAACAGAGAAGCUGGUCUGUGGAGAGGAAGAAUGCAUGGGGAGCUGCACAGGGAACUUACAACUCUUGGAACGGCUCAGAAGCAGAGCAGGCCAGAGGAGGAGGGAGCGUGGCAGGUGGUGCUGUGGUCUGCUUGUGAAUCCCGAACUGCGGGUGGAGCACAGCAGCAUGACCAGCAGCAGCAGCAGCAGCAAGUUUUUUCCCCUCAGGUGUCCACUUGCUGUGCUGCUGCUGAUUCACCUCUCUCUCUCGCCGCCCACCCCUCCUCUUCUCCCUCUCUCUCUCCCUCCUCUUCUCCCAGCCUCCUUUCCUCUGAUUCCAACUCUCCUGAUCUCAUUACCCCUCCUCUCACCCUCUCGUCCUCGCCUCCUCUCAUCUCUCUGUCUCACCACUGGAAGAAAGCAGCAGCAGCAGCAGCAGCAGCAGCAGCAGCAGCAGCAGCAGCAGCAGCAGCAGCAGCAGCAGCGGCGGCGGCAGCACACACAACGCCAGCGCGGCAGUGA